AUGAUGUUAAGAACAAUCCUAAGAACUCCAAUCACCCGUGCAACUACUAUUCGUACUUUCACCACAACAAGACCAUCAUACUCAUUAGUGGAUGAUGCCAAACAAAAACUUGAUGAUUUGAACCACAAGAUUGGUGAAGUUGCAGCAAAAGGUAUUGGUAAAACACAACAAGCCACUGAAGCCGUCAAAGAGAAUGCUAAAGAUAAGAUCCAUAAUGAAUCCAACGUAGCUGGUGAUUUGAAGACAGAUGCUGCAAAUACUUCAUACAAUGACGUUAGAGAAGGUGUAAAGAAGACUGCUAAGGAUGUUAAAGAUGCUUUUGCAAAAGAUGGUCAAGAGGGUGUUGAAGCUAAAGCCAGAGAACAUUUGGGUAAUGAAAAUGUCAAUGCAGCUAAAGAGACUGCAAGAGAUUUGAAAGAGGAUGGUGAAGAAGUUUUAGAUAAGGCUGCUAAUCAAACUGGUGGAUUGAAGAGAGAUGCUGAAAAGAAGUUUGCUCAAAAGGCUCAAGAAACUGCUGAUAAAUAUAAAGGUGUUUAA